GGUGAUGACGUAACAGAGACGUAAAACUGGAUGGACCGCUGUCCUACGACUUCAGCAUGUCCCGCUUCGCUGCUGGGCUGAUUUGGUGGCGUCACGCUUGGACCCCGACCAGCAACUGAAGGCUGGAAGAACCAUCUGCACUCCAUGAUCGAGACCAGGACGGAUACUACAUUUAAUUGACUCACAGUUUAAGAACUACCGCCGUAUUCGCUCAUGCUAACUGUGGCCGACCUAGCAUAGCAGGUGAACUUCCCCUUCUUUACGCUUAUCAUUGACUACUAGCUUGACGCAGCCGUGUGGCUAGCUCAUUUACACACGGCGAUAAAUAAAUAAAGUCGGCCUUCACGUCCGGUCACUCCCGGGGGUUGACGGUUCUUUGUAAAGAGCGCUCCAGUGGCUGGUUUUAAGCCUGUCUGGGCUUCCUGAGUGAGGGCAUCCGCUCCCAUCAUCAGCGAUGAUCAGACUUUCAGGAAUUAAAAGCCUGCCGUACUUCUGCCGGGGAGAGGUCAUUCGAGGCUUCGGGAGAGGUAGCAAAGAGCUGGGCAUUCCCACAGCCAACUUCCCAGACACGGUGGUGGACAACCUGCCGGCGGACAUCAGCACGGGCAUCUACUACGGCUGGGCCAGCGUGGGAAACGGCGACGUGCACAAAAUGGUGAUGAGCAUCGGCUGGAACCCGUACUACAAAAACACCAAAAAGUCCAUGGAGACUCAUGUGAUCCACAAGUUCAAGGAGGACUUCUACGGCGACACCCUCAGUGUGGUCUUGGUGGGCUACAUCCGACCGGAGAGAAGCUACGACUCGCUGGAGGCGCUGAUCGCCGCCAUCAACAGCGACAUCGAGGAGGCCAAGGUCCAGCUGGAGCUGCCCGACCACGUCAAGCUGAGGGAGGACAACUUCUUCACCAGCGGACUCCGCUCCACCCCCGUGUCCUCACAGACUAUCAUGAACGGGCACUGAGAGCUGCUGCUUUGGCCACACUUUUCUGUUUUAUAUUAGUUUUCUUUUUCAUUGCGGCUGUGACGAGACAACACACACAAUUCAAUCUAAAUCGCCCCCAUUUGUCAACAAGUCUGGGCAUUAUUGUGUAGGACAGCAGCAGAAUAGGACACAGUAAAGUGACGCUAUGCAACAAAGGAGCCCACCACACUAAUACAUCUACUGCGGUUUAAUUUAAGUGGUGGUUUUUUUUUUGUUUUUUUUUUUUAAUUGUCGUACAAGGCUGGCCCCUCUCUCUCCCCUCCAGUUCAAGCAUUUGUUUGUGCCAGCUUGCGAAACCUGAAAGAAUAAAGUCCACUUAACAGAGAGAGAAACCCCUCAAACAUUAUUUAUAAAUGAUUUAUGAAGCUGGUCCUAGAAGAAACACCAACCAGAAAAGACUGUACAUUCAUGAUGCCUUGUGCGUUUACUGUAUUUCACCUGAUCAAAGUGUAUGUGUAUAUAGACAAAUCUAUAAAUGGCUUAUGUGAUCUAUCCUGUCAAGCGUCGUCUCUCCACUAUAAUAACUGGAAUCAUCAUGAUCAUCUGAGUAAUAAAGCUUCGCAACGUGUCA